AUGUCUCAUCAGAGAAAGAUCGUAUUUCUCAUCGAUGAGCAUUCAAUUCUCAGCGCUUAUGACGGAUUGUAUCAGAUCAGAAGGGCAAUGAUGCGCAUCUUACUUUACUAUUGUCAGCUCUAUAAUUUACAAUCCACUGAUGGAUCCCUUGUAUGGAGCUACCGCUUUUUCAGCACCCAAACGCGAUAUUACAACUGUACCAUGCGUCACUUCUAUACAGUCGAUAUGGAAGGCUUUGAAGAACUAAACAAUGAAUACCAACUUAGAAAAACAGAACGCGAAGGAAUGCACUCAAACAAUACAUAUCGUAACAACAGCACUAGCCUACAUUUUCCCUGCAAAAAGAUAUUAGAAGUUCUUAAGGAAUCUCUGGGUGACUUUCAAUGGGAUACUGAUAUGGAUGGGUCUACCGCGCAGUAUAUGUUCCUUAUUACUGCUUCACCAAAUAAUAAAAGAAGCUUGCUGGCCUAUUUCGAUAAAGCGUUUACAACAGAAGAAACCGACGAGUUACUACAGAAGCCAAGUAUCCUGCCCGUCUUUAAUAAUCACUUAUUCGAAGAAUUCGCGUCCGAUUUGAAAAAGACAUUGUAUAAUGACUUUAAAAGGCGAAAUUUGAUAUUAAGCAUCAUUGACACUGAUUACAAGCUGGAAGAAUAUCCUGAUCAAACGCCGGAUUGGUUAGAAGUACAGAUUGAAAACGGAUUAAAGCAUGUUGCAGAAAACUUUAACGGACAAUACAUUCUUCUCCAAGAAAUCAUGCGUCCACAUGGCAUGUAUGGCCAUUCUUUUUAUGCAGAACUUGACAAUAUCUUGCCUACUGGUUUACCCCAUGACUGGGCAAACGAUAAUGUGUCAAGCAGACGCAGCACUGCUGGUGGUACCACAUGUGAUAGCGUUAAUGCCACCGAUCAACUUUGGACUGGUACGCUUACCCUCAAGUCAGGAAAAUCCAUAGGUAUAUUUGAACUUUUGCCUUUUUCGCGAAACCAACAGUACAAAACUAUGUGGUAUGACGACUAUGCAGAACUAAGGAUUGUUGACACAUACCAUAUGAGAGAAUUCCCUCAUUCAUGGUUAUUGGACGUUGAUGAAGAAGAACACAACAAGGGGCCUUAUGCUUCCCAGUUUAUGCUGGCUUUUAAUGAGGGAGAGACCCCUGAGGUCUUUGAUGCUGUUUUAGAUGAAUGUCACUAUCAACAGUCGGUGCUUAUUGCUGAAAUGGUACCUUUGGAGGGAAGAGGGAUUCUUCCACCGAUCUUUUUCGUUAUAGAACCUUUAUCUCGUAUGACGGCUACUGCCCGGCAACUCAAUUUGACAGCCUUACCCUCCCAUCAACGCUCUUGUGAAUACGAAGAUGCUGACACUGAUGACGAAGAAGCUGAAGAACAAAUGGUUCUGUUUAUAGAUGAAGAUUACCCACUCGGAUCGUACCUUUCCAUAGAUAAUUUGUCAAAUGUAACAACACUUGGUGGCCCGGCUCCAAGUAAAGACGCUGUCAAAUGGAAUUUGGAAGCUCCUGAAUGUCUAAAACAAUGGUAUGCUGCAAAAAAAGCGCAGACAUUGAAGAGCCAAAAUGAGUUGGAAGCCGCCGAUGAUGAAACCGAUUCAGACGCCGAAGUUUUUGCGCUACCUAAAGAUAUACCUUCCUUUAUUGAAAGUCUCAAAGAUUAUUAUUAUAAAUGCUUGUAUAUGAAAGAGUUUACGUUGAUGGAAUUUCUACAUUUGACAAAUGAAUUCGUCGUUCAUUUAUUGAAGAAAGGGCAUCAGGCCGCAGAAAUUGCAAAUUCGAUAGAACAAUCAUUAGCGUCAAAUAACACGGAGAGGUUGAAAGAAACCUAUAAAGUCAACGAGAAUUACGUGCUUGAGACACUUAUUGACAACCCUAAAGCUACUAUAUCGUUGCAAGAAGAUAGUAUUAUCCGAGAAUGGUGGUCAGAUGUGAUGUCAACAGAACGCGAAAUAAAGUAUGCGGACAAUUGUUGGAUGUAUUUAAGGAUACGCGAUAUCAUGCUUCAGAUUGUGCUCCAUUUGUUCAUUAUCAGAUUGACAAAAGAUAUUACCAGUGAAGAAAUCCUUGAGGAGAAAUACGAUCUUAUCGAAGCAUUCCUAUCAAACAUUACAGGGCACUUUCUGGUCCACAAGAAGGCUGAACUUGACGAUGAAAAUGACGAGGAUAAUGACCCUAUGGAUCUAACUUAUGAUGUUUAUGACGAUGUUGAGUUCGUUGAAAUAGUUACACCAUAUUUUGAGCAGAAUCUGCCAGAGUUAAUAGGGUCCUUAAGAGAAACUGCUGGACUUGAUGUUAUAAAGGUUAAGUUGCGGUCUCUCGAAGAAUUAGAAGAAGCGUAUCGUCGUGCUCAAGAAAAAGCGCUUCAGGAGAAAGAAAUCCAGACUGUAGAAGUAAAAGAAGUAUAUUCUAUGUCCCCCGAAAACCUGGAUACAUACUCCUCGCCUACUGUUACCUCUCCUCCGCAAUAUACCAACACCGAACAUGUUCCUCCUAUAUCUUUAAAAAGAAAGUAUUCCGAAGUUGAAACUGAGCCAUCGAAAAAUCAAGAAGAAUCUACGGAUACUACUCCCGAAAAAACAAAGCGAGCUCGGCGAACAGAUCCCGGAGCAUUAUUCCCUGCAACCGCAUUAGGCCACAAGCCAUCUCCUUCUAAUUCUUUAAAAAUAAAGCAUUCCCAAACUGAAAGUGAACAAUCAAAAAAUGGUGAAGCAUCUACGGGUUCUAGUCGUGAAAGAACAAAACGAACGCGACAAUCAGAUUCUCGAGCACUUUUGAAUGCAGCCGCAUUAAGCCAGAAGCCAGAGAUAAACAGAUCGAACAGUCUGCUUGAAUCACUUAGCAAACGGCAAAUGACCAUUGCUCCAGGUGUGAGUUCGAGACUUGAGCAAUACCGUGGUGAAGCAGCCAGAGAGGCUAUAGACAAAGUCAAUCGAUCCAAAGUGAAUGGCGUGCCCACAAUGAAACGUGUUGGAAGCUUCAUGGUUAGUAACCGACCUCCUCCUAAAAUACCUACUACUCAUACCCGACAGGCAAAUUCUGAAUAUGUUAAGGUUCGCCGAGAUACAACUUAUAACCCUAACCCAGAUGAUACCCCAAGGACCUCCUUCAGUCGCUUUUUCAAUACAAAUUUUCACGAGGAAUAUGCAGAUUCACCUAGCAGCCGUACAGACCGAACAGGGUCGGAUGACACGGGUUCUGGUGUAUUGUACAACUCGUAUGGUAGAAGCAGUACGCUUUUAACCGUUGACGACGAGAAAAGUGAAGCUGCAGGCCGAGCUUUUUUUAACAGAGCUAGUGGAGAAGAAUCCUCGACACCCACCGUUGAAAAAUCAGCAAUAGACAGCUGGUUUGCUGAUGAUAGUGACGAUGAUGACGAGAAAAGUAAAGCUGUAGGUCGAGCUUUUCUUAACAGAGCUAGUGCAGAAGAAUCCUCGACACCCACCGUUGAAAAAUCAGCAAUAGACAGCUGGUUUGCUGAUGAUAGUGACGAUGAUGACGAGAAAAGUAAAGCUGCAGGUCGAGCUUCUCUUAACAGAGCUAAUAAAGAAGAAUCCUCGACACCCACCGUUGAAAAAUCAGCAAUAGAUAGCUGGUUUGCUGAUGAUAGUGACGAUGAUGACGAAAAAGAUGAAGAGUGA